AUGUCUGCUGCCAACUGUCUGCUGACUGAAGAUCAGUUUCUGUGCUCCAUCUGUCUGGAUGUGUUCACUGAUCCAGUCAGCACACCAUGUGGACACAACUUCUGUAAAACCUGCAUCACUCAACACUGGGAUACUAAUAUCCCGUGUCAGUGUCCAAACUGUAAAAAGCUUUUCAGCACCAGACCUGAGCUGCAGGUCAACACCUUCAUCUCUGAGAUGGCUGCUCAGUUCAGACAGUCAGCUCAACAGAAAGCCAGCAGCAGCAGCUCAGAGCAACAAGUUUCCAAACCAGGAGAAGUUCCCUGUGACGUCUGCACUGGAACCAAACUGAAGGCGCUGAAGUCCUGCCUGGUGUGUCUGGAAUCCUACUGUGAGACUCACCUGGAGCCUCAUCUGACAAGAUCAGGCCUGAAAAGACAUCAGCUGAUCGACCCUGUGGAGAACCUGGAAGGCAGGAUGUGUCUGAAGCACAAUAAACUGCUGGAGCUGUUCUGUAAGGCCGACCAGAUGUGUGUCUGCAUGCUCUGCACUGUUUUAGACCACAAGACACAUGAUGUUGUUCCUCUGAGAGAAGAAUAUGAAGGAAAGAAGGCCGAGCUGGGGAAGACAGAGGCUGAAAUUCAGCAGAUGAUCCAGAAGAGGCGACUGAAGAUUCAGGAGAUCAAACUCUCAGUGAAGCUCAGUCAGAGAGGUGCAGACAGAGAGAUAGCAGAUGGUGUUCAGGUCUUCACCGCUCUGAAGGAGUCUGUUGAGAGAAGCCAGGCCAAGCUCAUCGACAUGAUCAAAGAGAAGCAGAGAAAGACAGAGAAACAGGCUGAAGGCUUCAUCAAAGAGCUGGAACAGGAAAUCUCUGAGCUGAAGAAGAGAAGCACUGAGGUGGAGCAGCUCUCACGCUCUGAAGACCACCUCUACCUCCUCCAAAGCUUCAUGUCCCUGAACACUGCUCCACCCACCAAGGACUGGACAGAAGUCAACUUCCAUCCACCUUCACAUGAGGGGACCGUAGUGAAAGCUGUGAGUCAGCUGGAGGAGACGCUUCAUGAAGAGAUGAAGAAAUUGAUUGAGGGUGAGCUGAAGAGGAUCCAGCAGUUUGCAGUGGAUGUGUUCUGA